UUGGCAUUUAUUAGAAAGAAGUAGCUGAGAGAACACGGAAAUGGGAUCGUUCUCGAGAUACGAUUUUGAAUUGGAUAACGAGCCCAAAUAUCCUCUUUGAGCCUCAGCCAAAUGGAAUUUCUAAUGGUGACCUGAUAGAGGAUGGAGUGACAUUCCGAUUAGUAAAAUCCCCGAAUGAUGGCAGCCGGGACAAAAGACGAAACUGUGAUCGAAAUCAAGGAUGGACUAUCAAAGAUCGAGGAGGAAUUCCAAUGUAGCCUGUGUCUUGAUCGUCUUCAGGAGCCGAAAAUCCUGCCGUGUUAUCACUCAUUCUGUUCAGACUGUCUGGAAGCGUGGCUAAGACAUUGUGGCACCAGCUUAGUGUGUCCAGAGUGCCGAAAGGAGACUGUCUGCAACGCGGUAUGCUGUCUCCCCGACGACUUCAGAGCAAAGAGCGUCUUGGCGAACCUUCCUGCUACGGAUUCCCAGCAGAAAAACCACCAGUGCACGUCUUGCGAUUAUAAAAACAGUGCAACGUGUGGCUGUUUAGACUGUGAUGACUAUUUGUGCAAGGAAUGCCAGUUCGCGCACCGUCGUCUCAAAAUUACGAAAAACCACCAGGUAUUGCCGUACAAGGAGUACAAUGUUCAAUCUAAGCUAAUCAACUUUGCAAAAAGCAAGAAACCUAAGGCUUUACUUUUCACAUUCGGCGGUUACGGACCAAACAUCGGACAGCUUCAGUAUCCUACUGCCGCCGCUGUCUACAAGAAAAACAUCUUCAUCGCUGAUCUCAAUGGUAUUCACGUCUUCGACGAGGACGGACAAUUUAUAUCUGUGACCGGUUUAGAUGAGGUCAUACCGACAUCCUUCUUGCGUCGUCCGUUGAUGUGGAAUCGUAACUACUGGUUGCUCCACUGUUUGUAUCUCGUCCCAGAGAUUGUGAACUUGGCAUUUUUGUCCGAUGGGCGCAUGGUGUUUACGACAACAUUCCAAGAUGGCUACCUGUGUGACUCGGUUCUUUUCAACGCGAAACUUGAACCGGUUAAGUUUGGCAGAAAUGUUAUGAAACAACCCUGUGGUCUCGCUAUCAGCAGCAAAGAUGACAUCCUUGUCGUUGACUCCUACCUCGGUUGUGUCUUCUGUUUCAAUCCUGAUGGCACUUACCAAAAAAAGAUCUCUUGCAAAGGGAACGGGGAGGGCCAACUUCUGAAACCUGGGUACAUCGCCUUGAGCAACCAAGAUGAAAUAUUUGUUAGUGAUCUUGUGAAAAAUGGUCCUUAUUGGUGUCGGUACAUAAAGAUCUUCGACUUGAGGGGGUAUUUUAUACGUCAGUUCACAACUUCUCAAUUCUUGUUCCAGAAUCCUUUUAAUUUGUAUAAGAACUAUUUGAUUUGGGAAGCAUGUCAGAUCAAUGUCAGCGACGAUAAUAAGAUCAUUCUGAUAGAUUCUGAGAGUAGGGUGGUGCAGAUGUUUGAUGACCAAGGGAAAUAUGUCCGCACGUUGACCAAGAGGGAGGGGCUGAAAUAUCCCAGGUCUUUGGUCCUGAUGGAGGAGAGGCGUUUAAUUUGUACAGAUGUUGGUGAUCACUGUGUCAAAGUGUUUACAUUCUGAUACCACUACCGCCAAUUCCUUUAGGUAAAAACUUUGUGUUUUGGCCUGAACUUCCAAUUUGAACUUGAGGUGGUAGGAUUCUUAUCGAAAUAACGAAAGUGACAGCUUUUGUGAGUGUAUAUUGUGUCAAACUUGUAGAUACUGCUAUUAACUUAUAUAUGAAACUCUCCAGAGGCCAAAUUUAAAAGUGGUUUGACUUUCGGAGCCAGUGACAAUGCAUGAUGAACUUUGCGGGCUAUCAGAAAUCAGGAAGUGCAAGUGCACGAAGUUUAUCUGUGGCAGUGACCAAAUUUGCCUUCGGCUGAGUUAUGCUGAGAAAUGUCAAGGUUUUGGAUGAAAACAUUGCUUAGAACUUAAUCUAAUUGUCAAAUGGUUCUUAACCUAGUUGCCCUUAUCUCAAGUAUAGGUUCAGGUUGAGCAAUAUGUUGGCGAAACUUCAAUAUUUUGGUGAUUGCCAAAUUUUCUAUGUAUUUCCUCAUUCCGUAUUUGAACAAUGUUAUAAUGUUCUUGACCUUUAUGGUGAUAUCAUAUUGGCACGUGCGCAAGAGUGAUUUGUAAUCAUCUCUGCGACAUAGUCUUCUAAUUUGAGCACACUCUGUAUCUGAAAUAUAAGAUGUAUGAAGUUAACCUCCUCGCAGUGUUAAAGGGAGCUAUAGGCAGGAGCUGGGGGAUCAAAUGGGUAUUCUUCAGGUGACUCUGUACAUGUACAAGCUUGCAUAUUUUGCGUUGUACUUUGAGAAAGGGGAGACCCCUAUUGGCGACUUUGCGUAACUUUAUCUGUCCUACCUCGCUCCUGCCUAUAGUAUCUCUGGUCGUUGCUGUGAUCAAUACAAAUAAAGUUCAUUUUACAAUACAGUCAUUGCUUUCUCGGUGAAGAAUCAGUGGUGAUCCUUGGAGUGUCGAAUCCACAACCUCCUUAUUAUGAGCUUGGUACUCUUACCACUUUGACACUGCUGUCCUUUAUCAGAUGAACUGACAUGCUGUCUUGAAAUUGCUGUCUGUGGUACUGUCAACCUUUGAGAAAUCAACCUACUCUGUCCUUGCACCUUGCAUUGCACUACCUACCUUACUAUGAGGUAGCUAAAUUCGUCUAAACCUAUCAUUUUAAACCUGUCUGU